AUGCCCGCCCUGCUCCGCCGCUGCGCCGCCGCGGCGCUCUGCGCCGCGGCGCUCGCCUACGCCGCCUUCUCCUUCGGCGGCGUCCUGCGCAUCGUCGCCCGGGACCGCCUCGCGCCGCGGCGCCCGACGGCGUACCCGCGGGCCAAGUGCCGCGCCAUGGACGCGGCGCGCGUCGCGGCGGCGGAGAGACGCGGCCGCGGGGCGGCCAACGGGACCGCCGCCGUCGCGGCGCUCCAGAGCUACUACGUCGACGCGGGCGUCGAGGCCGCGUGGCCCGUUGUCGCGAACGCGACCGCCGCGAACCACGCGGCCUACGCGGCGGCGCACGGGCUGCCCUACGCGCGCGCGGCGCCGGCGGGCGCCCGCGCGCGCUGCGGCAAGCUCCGCGCCGUCGGCGCCGCGCUCGCGGACGCGCCCGCGGGAAAGUGGCUCGUCUUCGCGGACGCGGACCUGUCCUUCGCCUGCGCGACGGCGACGCCGCCCGGCGCGGGCCUGGACCGCGCCCUGCGCCUCGCCGCGCGCGCCGGGGGCCACGGAACGGGCCUCCUGGACCUCGUCGUCGCGGACCGCUUCGGCCUCUUCGCGGCGCGGCGGACGCGGUGGGCGCGCCGGUUCCUCGCGCGGCUCGCGGCCUUCCUCGACGCGCGGCCCGCGCUCUGCGCGCUGAGCCCCAUGCCCGAGAACGCGGCCUUCGAGGCCGUCGCGACGCCCCGGGACCGCUGCCGCGUCGCCUUCGUGUCCGACCCGGCCUUUGCGGCCGCGCGGCACCUCGUCGGCGCGGCCGCGAAGCGCGACGCCGACCGCGCGGCCGCCUUCGCGGACCGGGCGGCCCGCGACGCCGCCUGCCUCCGCAAAGAGGCGAAAAGGCGGCGGAGGGCCGCGCCGGCGGCCGCGCCGGUGGCGCUCCGCGUCGUCCCCGAGGCCGUCGAGAACGCCGACGCCGUGAACCCGUCGGCCGAGCUCGUGCUCGCGGCCGUCGUCGAGACGCCGCACGGCGCGCUCGCGGACGUCGUGUGGUCCGGACCCUUCCGCGACGCGGACCUGCUCACGCCGGCCGCGCAGCGCGUCGACGCGGGCCUCGUCUACCUCGUGGUGCGCGCGGGCGUCCUCGCGCCGGGCGAGGCCUACGAGUUCGAACUGGUGGCGACUUCUGGCGGCGACGCCGCGGCGGCGACGAUCGCGGUGACGACGAACGCGCCGCCGCGGUCCGGCCGCCUCGCCGUCGCGCCGGCGGCGGGCGUCGCGCUCCUCACGGAGUUCGCGCUGUCGCUCGACGGCUGGGUCGACGACCAGCUGCCCCUCGCCUACGCGUUCUACCACCGGCUCCCCGGCGAGACCGCCGCGACGCAGAUCGCCGCGUCGUCCGAGGCCGCGGCGGCCGCGCGGCUGCCCCGCGGCGGCGGCGGCGGCGGCGUCCGCGUCGUCGUCGGCGAGGUCUCGGACGCGCUCGGCGCGGCCGCACGCGUGGGCGAGAACGCGACCGUCGCCGCGAGCGACCUGGGGGUGGAGGCGCUGGACCCCGUCGUCGAGGAGCUCCUGGACGAGUCGCUCGGCGCCGCGGAUCCCGACUACGGCGGCGCGCUCGCGACGGCCGUCGCCGCGACGGGCGAGAUCGCGCCCUGCGGCGACGCGGCGUGCGCGGCGGUGGCGGACCUCCGGGGCGACCUCGUCGACGCGCUCGCGACCGUCGUCGACGAGGAGCUGCCGCGGACGCAGCUCACGGUGCAGCGCCAGGCGAGCGCGGCGGCGGCGCUCACGGCGCGCGCCGACGAGCUCGAGCCCGCCGCGUCGGGCGCGGCGCUCGACGCCGUCGCCGUGCUCGCGAGCGCGUCGGCGGCCGCGGGCCUCGCCGAGGGCACGGCGGACGGCGUCUUCGCCGCGCUCGACGCGCUCCUGGGCGGCGGCACGCUCGCCGUCGACGAACAGCGCGGCGACGCCUUCGCGGGGAGCCUCGACGACCUCUCCGCGGCGCUCGCGCUCGGGCUCGUGCCCGGCGAGGCCGCCGCGGAGCUCGCGGGCCCGCACGGCGCCAUGGCCGUGGCGCGCCUCGAGACCAUCGACGCCGCGGCGGCGACCUUCGCGGCCUCGGCGGACCCGCGCGCGUCGCGCGUCGCGCUGCCGGCGAGCUGGGCCGACGAGGCCGUGCUCGUCGACGUCGCCGUCGCCGAAUUCGUCGAGGACCCGCGGCCCGCGCUGCCGACGCCCGUCGAGACGACCGUCGUCCGCGUCCGCGCGGCGCGCUUCGCCGACGACGAGACCGCGGGGACCGCGCGGCGCCUCGACGACGGCUGGCGGGCGGACCAGGCCGCGGCGGCCGCGGACGCGCUCGUCGUCGAGCUCCGCCGCGUCGCCGACCCUCCCGCCGACUGGUCCUACGCAGUGUCCUACGUCGUCGCCGUCAACUGCUCGUCCGGCGCGGCGCCGCCGGAGCCCUGCCGCGGGACGACGGCGGCGGAGACGCGCGACGCGGCGUGCGGCGGCCGCGGCGCGUGCGGCGGCGUCGCGAACGCGACGUGCUCGUCGGCGACGGCGGCGACCUGCCUCCGCUACGUCUCCGGCGACGACUGGGACGCGGACGCCUGCGUCGUCGUCGAGAGCGGCGACGACGCGACGGUCUGCGCCUGCGCGGCCGACGCGGCGGCCGCGGACUACGCGGCGGCGUCGAGCCAGGAGUCGUACGCGCGCUACCUGCGGACCGUGUUCCGGCGGCCCCUCGACGGCGACCUGCUGACGACGGGCCGGCCCCUCUUCCGCGUCUUCCUGGGCCUCGCGACCUUCUGGGCGCUCGCCGGUUUGGCCGGCGCGCGCCUCGACCGGCGCGACGCGGCCGCGGCGGCCGCGAAGCCCCGGCCGUCCGAGGCCCGGCGCCGGUCGUCGGCCGUGCUCGGCCGCGGCGCGUCGAAGCACCUGGAGACGCUCGAGGCGCACCUCUCGGGGGACGACGCGUCCCGCGACGCGGCCGCGGCGGCCCACUUCAAGAGCCUCAAGGCCGCGCUGCCCCACGCCAUCGCCAAGGGGUCGUACUUCCGCAAGACCGCGCGCCGGUCUUUUGCCGCGCGCUGGCCCCUGCUGUCGCUCUGCCGCGAGACGCUGCGGCGCCACCACGACUGGGUGUCGAUCUACGACGCCUACGACGCCGCGCGGCCGCGGCUCGCGAGGUGCGCGUUGAUGCUCUUCGACGCGGUCCAGCUCUACUUCGGCGGCGCGGUCGCCUGCUUCUUCUUCGUCAUCCCGCCGGGGCUCUGCAAAUCCUUCGACCCCUGCCGCGACGAGCGGAGCUGCGAGAACGUCCGUUCCUUCCGGUCCUUCGGCACGGGGGGCAUGUGCGAGUGGGACGCGUCCUACGACGAGCCCUGCGUCUUCCGCGAGCCGAGCGGCGGCGAGGAGACCGUCCUCGACCUCCAGGUGACGUUGCUGGGCCUCGCCAUCGCGCUGCCGCUCAUCGCGCUCGUGAACUGGGCCGUCGAGACCUACGUCUUCGCGCCGACGGGCGACGGCGGCGACGACGGCGACGACGUCGACGCGCUCGCGGACGCGGGCGCGCGGCUGUUGCACGCGCUCGGCGUCGACGCGGCCGUCGACCUCGGCGACGCGGACGCCGUCGCGCGCGCGGCGCUCCCCGCGGCGACGCGCGUCGUCCUCCGCCAGCGCGAGGAGCUCGUCGACGCGCUCGACGCCGAGCGCGACCCGCGCCGCGCGGAGGCGCUCGCGGCGCUCCUCCGGGCGCACGACGGCGCGUCGCGCUACCGCCGCGGCCACGGCGCCGUCGCGGCCGCGACGCUCAAGCGCGUCGGCGCGGCGCUCGAGGCCGCGGCGCACUGGGGCGGCGCGCUGACGGCCCUCGACGGGCCCGCGGUCCAGUACCGCGCGCUCUGCCAGCUCCGCUACGCGCACGAGCUCGCGGCCUUCGACGCGGGCAUCGCGCACGCGCUCUACCUCGAGCACGGCGCGCGCGGCGGCGCGGCCGCGCCGCCGGCCGCGGUGUCGCGCUUCGCCAAGGCGUCUUGCUACUUCUUCCUCUUCGUCGGCGCGGCGGCCCAGUGCUGGUUCAUGACGUUCUACGCGCGCGAGAUCGGCCGUAAGGAGACUCGGAUCUGGGCCGACGGCACGAUCCUGGGCUACUUCCUCCUGUUCCUCCUCGUCGUCCCCGCGCGCCUCGUCUUCGCGCACGUGCUCGCGCCGCGGCUGCUGGACCCCCACUUCCGGCACAUCGGCGACCCCUUCGAGGAGUCCGUCGACGUGCCCUUUCGGCACGCGCUGCCGACGCCCGUGGAUCUCGUGGACCCGCGGCUUCUGGGCGCGAUGCUCGACGGGUCGCGCGCGGUCGUCGCGCCCGUCGCCGAGACGUGCCGCCGCGUGUCCGAGAGCCUCUCCGCGUCGGCGUCGGCCGACGAGCGGCCGAGCGACCCGGCCGCGCCGAAGCCGAGCCGCCGCGCGGCCGUCCGCGAGGCCGUCCGCGCGGCCAGGGCCGACGCCGGCGGCGCCGCGGACCGGCGCGCCGCGAACCGCGCCUUCCGCGAGGAGCGCGCGGACGCGUGGGCCGCGGACCGCGUCGCGGCCGCGGCGAAGCACGGCGCCUGGCGGCCGCCGCUCGGCACGGCGCUGGGCCUCGGCGGCCUCGCGGCCUUCUUCCUUUUGCACGAGGAGGUGCAGGCGAUCCUCUUCGAGGAGGCGGCGAACCUCGCCGCGCACUACGUGAUCCUCGCGGCCCUCUUCGUCGUCCGCGGCCGCGGCGACCUCGCCCUCGUCGCCGUCCUCGUCGUCGUCUUCGGGCUGCUCGUCUACGUCUGCCUGCCGAGCCUCCGGAACCGCGACCCGCUCGUGUCGCGCGUCUCCUCCGUCGACGACGCGGCCCGCGAAGCGGCCCUCGCGGCCCGCGACGGCGGCGGCGACGAGGACGCGGUCGCGGCCGGAACGCUCGCCGAGAGCGACGACGAGGACGCGGCCCGCGAAUCGACGGCGCUCGAGAAGUUCGCCGAGAGCGACGACGAGGACGCGGCCCUCAAGGAGGCGAUCGCGGCCCACGAGGAGGACACGCUUGCGCGGUUCGCCGAGAGCGACGCCGGCGACGACGAGCCGCUCCGAUCUUUACCGUCGCGCAAGCCCUCUCGCCUCGAAGCGCUCUUCGACGACGACGCCGGCGGCGACGAGCCGCUCCGAUCUUUACCGUCGCGGGAGCCCUCUCGCCUCGAAGGGCUCUUCGACGACGACGCCGGCGACGACGAGCCGCUCCGAUCUUUACCGCCCUCUGACGUCCGGCGCCGCCGCGCUCCCUCGGACGACGACGCGCUGGUCGCCCAGCGCACGGGCACGGCGCGGGGAGCCAUGAGCUCCCUCAUCGCCAUGUUCACUGCGACCGGCGGCGACGACGACACCGACGACGAUCGCGCCGCUCCGCGCGAGAGCGUCCGGCGCCGCCGCGCUCCCUCGGACGACGACGCGCUGGUCGCCCAGCGCACGGGCACGGCGCCGGGCGCCGUGAGCUCCCUCAUCGCCAUCUUCACCGGCGGCGACGACGACGCCGAGCCGGGAUGUAUUCAGUAG